GGUUUUUCUUGUUUGAGUUAAAUUGAUCCUUCGUUUUUUUUUCAAAUCUUGAUUGUGUAUUCUUAAAAUUUGCAUGUGUUGAGAUGGUUGAAGAAGAUAAGUAUAAUUCUAUUCAUAUAGAGAAUUUUUAGUGGUACCUUUUGGUAAACAAUUUAUUGUUUGGUCCUAAACCUGUAGUCUGAAUUUUGUGUAAAUUAUAACAGUGAAGUUAUUUAAUAGCGCAAUUGUGCUACAUGAAAAUUAAAAAAUCACCUAAUUAAUCAUAAAAUGCUCAUGGUUUUGACAUUGUUAUAACACAUACCUAAUAUCGAUUUUCAUCAAACUGUCUAAAUAAUAUUCAUUGCAUUCGAACGCUCGAAAUUCAAAAAUCAAUGCAAAGAUAAGUGAAUUUAGAUAAUCAUAUUUGUGCAAACAAAUAUUCGGCGUGUACAAACUUAUAAAUUAUGUCGUAAUAGUUGUGAUUCAAUGCAAAAUUUUAUUACAAUCAUACAACAUAUAUAACAAUACAGAUAUCUACUCUGUUUUGAGCAAUCGCAGUUUUUUCGACACCAUUCUGCACACGUUAUGUGCAACAGAAGAUAAAAAAAAAAAUGAAUUUUCAUUCAACAUUAUAAACAAAUAAAAUCCAAGGGUCAGCAUUUCAAUAAAAUAAAAAGAAUAGCCAGAAUGUGAUGACGAUCAUAACAACAACACUGAAAGAAAAGAGUAAUAACAGAAUCGGUCAAAAGAAACACGAGCCGUUGUAUGAUGCAAGAGUGAUGAAACGAGGACCCGGAUUCGCAAUCGGAGUUCGAGAUUCGAUGAAACGAAACAAAGAAUUAUCGUCGUCGUUGUCGAUACCAGGACCUGGAGCAUACAACACCACAAAAUCUUGUUUUACGAAAGCAUCGGCACCGGCAUUUUCGAUGGCAGGGAGAACCACAACCAGUGACUGCAAUGCUUACAGCCCUGGACCUGGAGCUUAUAACGUCGACGGUGGAUCGAAACACAACAGAAUUGGGUCACAUGGAUCGGUAGCAAGGAGGGGAAAGGUACGUGAAUCCAGAACAAGCUUCGGUUCCUGCAACAACAUGAGAUCGACGCCGUCAUUCACGUUCGGUGCUCGGUCUCAUGUCCAGAUGGACCACACGCCAGGUCCAGGCUCCUACAAUGUCGGUGUGGGCACUUUCAAAGUGGGUCCUUCGUACUCCAUUGCGUCACGUGAGCACAGAUUCCAUGGCCAGAAAUCUUCCAAUCCUGGUCCUGGCGCGUAUAAUGUUCCUGGUGCAUCUUCUGUUGGUCGGGCGGCCCCUUCCUACACUAUAGCUCAUAAACAUUGACUCUGGAAAAAAACCUAAAAACUGUUCACUGCGCAGAAUGGAAGUGUUUGAAGAAAUCUCGGGAUUUUCUUUGAGCUAUUUUAGUGUUAAGGACCUCUGUGGUUUUCUGCAUAUGGGCAGAUGCUGGCCGAACUGAACCAGCUUGUGACCUGAUCAGAUAUGAGGUUUUAGUUGUCUUGGUGGUGGCGGUGGUCGCGAUCUUGAUUCCUUGUUCUGGAAUCGCUGUUGGGAUCAGAUUGCGGCCAUCUUGUAUUGAGUUCUACGUUAUGUGGUGCAUGGUGGAUUGUGAAUCCAGGAUGAAGUUUUAAAACCCACUCUUGACACUAGAACUGAUAGUUAUCAAUCCUGCUAAUCCUCAUUUAGAAAUCAGAUGCCAAGUCCCCGAUCAUACGAUAUGGUGGAACAAUUUGAGUAGCUCAGAUCCUAGACUCUCUGGAACAUCAUUAUUCGUGAUUAGUGUUCUGUUCAAGAUUUUUUUACCUUGUAUGGUUUACGAGAUGACCAAACUUUCCUUCUCUCUACCCAUGAAAUUCGUUUUGAAUCCUUAAUUAAGAUUCAAAUACUCUGAUGCUAUGAAGGAACCAGUGGGUGUUUGUAACACUGUCUCUUCAAUGGGCAAAGCAUCUGUAUUCCUCUUGAUUCGAAGUGUAAAAGGAAUGUGAAUGUAAUGCAAGAUUCGCCAACCCUGAA